CCACCCGAGCGCCGCAGACAGGCACCCUAAGGAGCGAGUUGAGCUGCGAGGCGACUGGAUCAGGCUCAGCCAUGGACCGGAAGGUGGCCCGGGAAUUCAGACACAAGGUGGAUUUCCUAAUUGAAAAUGAUGCAGAGAAGGACUAUCUCUAUGAUGUGCUGCGGAUGUACCACCAGACCAUGGAUGUGGCCGUGCUCGUGGGAGACCUGAAGCUGGUCAUCAAUGAGCCCAACCGUCUGCCCCUGUUUGAUGCCAUCCGACCCCUGAUCCCACUGAAGCACCAGGUGGAGUAUGACCAGCUGACACCCCGACGCUCCAGGAAGCUGAAGGAGGUACGUCUAGACCGUCUGCACCCAGAAGGCCUCGGCCUCAGCGUACGUGGAGGCCUGGAAUUUGGCUGUGGACUCUUCAUCUCCCACCUCAUCAAAGGCGGGCAGGCAGACAGUGUUGGGCUGCAGGUAGGGGACGAGAUUGUCCGGAUCAAUGGCUACUCCAUCUCCUCCUGUACCCACGAGGAAGUCAUCAACCUGAUCCGCACCAAGAAGACUGUGUCCAUCAAAGUGAGACACAUCGGCUUGAUCCCUGUGAAGAGCUCUCCCGAGGAAGCCCUCAAAUGGCAGUAUGUGGAUCAGUUUGUGUCAGAGUCUGGGGGUGUGCGAGGUGGCUCGGGCUUUCCCAGCAAUCGGACAACCAAGGAGAAGAAGGUGUUCAUCAGUCUAGUAGGCUCCCGGGGCCUGGGCUGCAGCAUCUCCAGUGGCCCCAUCCAGAAGCCUGGCAUCUUCAUCAGUCAUGUGAAGCCUGGCUCCCUGUCUGCAGAGGUGGGGUUGGAGACAGGGGACCAGAUUGUGGAAGUCAAUGGCAUCGACUUCUCCAACAUGGACCACAAGGAGGCCGUGAAUGUCCUGAAGAGUAGCCGCAGCCUGACCAUCUCCGUCGUAGCUGGAGCUGGCCGGGAGCUGUUCAUGACAGACCGGGAACGGCUGGAGGAGGCACGGCAACGUGAGCUCCAACGGCAGGAGCUCCUCAUGCAGAAGCGGCUGGCAAUGGAGUCCAACAAGAUCCUCCAGGAGCAGCAGGAGAUGGAGCGCCAGAGGAGAAAGGAAAUCGCCCAGAAGGCUGCCGAGGAAAACGAGAGAUACCGGAAGGAGAUGGAGGAGAUCGUGGAGGAGGAAGAGAAGUUUAAGAAGCAGUGGGAAGAAGACUGGGGCUCAAAGGAACAGCUCAUCUUGCCUAAAACCAUCACUGCAGAGGUGCACCCGGCGCCCCUUCGCAAGCCCAAGUAUGAUCAGGGAGCGGAGGCCAAAUUGGAGCCUGCAGACCACCUGGAUGGAAUCACGGAGCAGGGACAGCAGAAAGAAAAAGAGAAGAAGAAAGCCAAGUAUGACAGCCUGCAGGACUUGCGAAAGAACAAGAAGGAACUGGAAUUUGAGCAAAAGCUCUACAAAGAGAAAGAAGAGAUGCUGGAGAAGGAGAAGCAGCUGAAGAUCAACCGGCUGGCCCAGGAGGUGUCUGAGACUGAGCGGGAAGACCUUGAGGAAUCGGAAAAGACUCAGUAUUGGGUGGAGAGGCUCUGUCAGACCCGUCUCCAGCAGAUUUCCUCUUCCGAUAAUGAGAUCGCUGAGAUGACCACAGGGCCCCCACCUCCCCCACCUUCUGUGUCUCCUCUGGUCCCACCCUUGAGACGCUUCGCCGGUGGGCUCCACCUCCACACCACUGACUUGGAUGACAUCCCCCUGGACAUGUUCUACUACCCGCCCAAGACUCCCUCGGCAUUGCCUGUGAUGCCCCACCCUCCAUCCAUCAGCCCACCUUCCAAGGUCCCUGCCCCUCCCGUACUUCCUUCAUCAGGCCACAUGAGUGCUUCAUCCUCACCUUGGGUGCAGCGCACUCCACCCCCGAUUCCCAUUCCUCCCCCUCCAUCCAUUCCCACGCAAGACCUCACUCCUACCCGCCCAUUGCCCUCAGCCCUUGAAGAGGCCUUGGGCAACCACUCCUUCCGCACUGGGGACCCAGGCCAUCCAGCCGAUGACUGGGAAGCAAAUACCCACAGUGGGAAACCCACCAGCUCCCCCUCCCCUGAGCGGAGCUUCCCACAUACCCCAAAGACAUUUUGCCCAAGCCCACAGCCUCCAAGAGGCCCUGGCGUGUCCACCAUCUCCAAACCUGUCAUGGUCCACCAGGAGCCAAACUUCAUCUACAGACCAGCUGUGAAAUCCGAGGUCCUGCCGCAGGAGAUGCUGAAGCGGAUGGUGGUGUAUCAGACAGCAUUCAGACAAGAUUUCAGAAAAUAUGAAGAAGGCUUUGACCCCUACUCCAUGUUCUCACCAGAGCAGAUUGCAGGGAAGGAUGUCCGGCUUCUGCGCAUCAAAAAGGAGGGGUCUUUAGACUUGGCCCUGGAGGGUGGAGUGGACUCCCCCGUGGGGAAGGUGGUCGUCUCUGCUGUUUAUGAAGGGGGAGCUGCUGAACGGCAUGGUGGUGUUGUGAAAGGGGACGAAAUCAUGGCCAUCAAUGGCAAGAUUGUGACGGACUACACCCUGGCUGAGGCUGAGGCUGCCCUGCAGAAGGCCUGGAAUCAGGGUGGGGACUGGAUAGACCUUGUGGUUGCCGUUUGUCCCCCCAAGGAGUAUGACGAUGAGCUCUCUUCUCUUCCCUCUUCUGCAGCCGAAAGCCCCCAGCUGGUCCCAGAGCAGCUUGAAACCCAUGAGGCCGUGUGUAGACACGGGUUCUUCCUGCGGCUGGAGCCCACGGUGACUAGGCAGGCAGCUGCAGGGCUCUGUCUGCCCAUGCUGCAUGCCAUGUGUUGCCCAUGAUCCUGGCAGGUUCUUUGGACUGGUAUCAGAAGGGAGAUAGAGGCAGCCUGCAGAAAUGUCUCCCUUGGGGCUGCUGCCAAUGGCUGGGACACGAGAGCUUAAGGGGGGUGCACAAGACCCAGCUGGGGGCACUGGCUUGGAACUUGGGAGCUCUGGUGCCCACAGCCCUUGGGACCUGCUUUGGGUCACACUCAGAGUCUAGUGGAGCAGGGUGGCAGGUAGCACUGAGCACCGUGGUACCUCCCACCUAUUGGGCUAGGCUGGAGAACAUUGGGGGCCACUGAAUCUCCCCACAGAGGCCUCUCUUUCCCUUGAGAACCGCUGCAGGAGCCCUGUACCCUGCUCAGGCAGAGUCAGGCCAUUCAGGCUCUUUAAGCUGGUCCAAAGAACCAGGGUUGGUGGGUUCCUGUGAUGUGCCCUGUCAUGUCCCAAUCCCUGCUUCGGGACAUUCUCAUUGAUCUCCUUCCCACCUUGAUCUGGAUCCUCUCUGGCCCACCAUGGAGCCGAACUUUGGAGAAUGCUUCUCUAUCUCUGUCCUGUGUUUUGUGGCUGAGACGCGGGAAUUGAUUGUGGUCUGAAGCCCACGGCAGAGCAGCUCCAAGCAUGGACUUGAUAACUGCUUCUGUUGCAAUUUUCCCAAAAUAUCACUCAUGCUCACACGCGUGUUUCAUGUGCCAAGACAGUGGGCCCGGCCUACCAUGCUCUUGAUGGCCAUUUGUCUCUUGCUCUUGACAAGCAACUCCUGUCCUUCCUGCCGCUCCCAUCCCACCUCAUCCUGAUAGCCCUUCUGCCUUCUCACUGGCUUCCUGGGUGCUGUGGCUGGUGUGAGCCAAACUGAGAGGGGCCCCUGAAGACUGGCAGGGCUGUGUGCCGCCACGGUGGGGACAGAGGGUCAUUUAUAACGCUUG